UCGGCCAACGUCAGUACGGUUGAGCUUCUCACGCGGUCCGUGUCGGUUCUUGGCGAAGCUCUGCGAUUUUGCGGUUCUGGAUAUUGCGUUACGUCGCGAGUCACGACUACGUCGCGCGGGGUGGCAAAUAUUUUGGUCCGUCGGGGAACUUCCGGGUGUGGGAGCAAAAGGGAGAGGAGGCACCGGAAAUCGAAUCGACAGCGGAAAGAGGAAGAAGAAUUUAAAGGUUGAUUGAAAAUUUGGUUGGGAUUAAAUUUUCGGUGGAAUUUGAAGGCUCGGCGUUCGUCGGAAAAGGGGGUUACUGGGCCACAGCGGCGGCCAAGGUCCGGGAAGUGGUGAUAGUGCCGGGAGAUUAACGGAGCGUGAUGUAACAUCACAAAAGUGCCACUUGGCGUUCACUCUCACCGCAAAAGGUCGGAGCGUUUGUGUGCUGCGAAAAGAGCGGGAGUCAAGGUUGGGAACGAAGAGGCAGGGAGUGUUAAUUUGACACGAGUUUGUUUUUAAUUCUGAGUGCUCUGUCGAGUGUGGCAGUAAUUAAUGACAGCUCCCCGUGGGUCUUCUGCCUUUGCUAGUGUUUCGUCGAGGUGGGAAAAGUCUCCCCGGUGAAUUGAAACCCGGAAAAUCGUCCUGCUGAGCAAAAGGUCGUCGCACAGAAGAGUGGGGCGGUAAAUCAAAAAGAAGAAACCUCGACGCGACACGACACGACACGGCAGGUUAGGAAUCAGCUGGGAGCACUGCGAGAACUGCUGGUGUCAUUAGUGAGCUUGCGGUAAAGGAGGAGAAGAAAGCGAAGAGGAAGGCGCUUCGUUUAGCGGCUUUGAAUGAAACCUCUCCACGUGUGGACUGUGGGCACGUGUGGACAUAUGCAAAUGAAGUGGCACCGUUCGGCCUCGUAAUGUGAUGUGACAUUAGUGUGGUGACGUCCCAGCGAGAGACAGAGAGCCGUUGUUGGUCCUUGUGGCAGGUCCUCUCUAACCUGUCACCGCAGCCAGCAGAGUGCAUCGUGAUAAUUUAGCAGCAUCAGCAGCAGUGUGUCAGUUGGGUGGAAAGUGUGCUUUUGGGGUCUAUUUCAAAAACGGUCGCUGGCACCUGCCACGUGUGUGUUUGUGCAAGAGGUCACGUGGUGAAGGGUCGACCCUGGGGUGGUCCGGGGCCAAGGCUAUUUAAGGGUGAAAUGCAGCACAUUUAGAAUAGUGUGGUGAAGGGAUGCUGUGCAGUGUGUGUUCAGAGCAGUGCAGGUGCAUUGUUUGUCAAAGCGAUAAAAUGAUGCUGGUUUGGGCUUAAAAGUUUGUGCCAAAGUUGUAUAACUGUGUAUGUGUGUGUGAAAAGUUGGGUGGGAAAAGUCAAACCAGAUGUUUGGAACCGCACACCCCACAGUGCAUAAUGCAGUUAUGAAAUUGUGAUUGAACAGGACAAACAACAAGAGGUUAGUUUGUCAGAAAGGCCGCACACUACAUUCUGCAUUCCACAACAUCAACCGCACCACACCCGUCGAAAAAGCUCAUCAAGUGCAGAGCGUACGCUCAGAAAGUUGCGAAAAUGACGUCAAUGGCUUCAGUUCCCCCACUGUAGUGAAGUGCUUCCGGUGCAGAACAAGUGCUGCCGCGGUUAAGAGAUGAGGCCAGGAAGGCAGUAUGAAGUGAUUGAUGAAUAAUUAAACUAGUGUGAAAACUGUGUUGUUCGCGCAACGAAACCGGCUUCCAGCGGAGAAAAGUGGAAGAGGAGGCUCGCGGGGUUAGUUUUGGUAGCUCUGACAAAAAAAAAGAACAUCGGAGUUGCCCCCAAAUUGCGACACAUAAAUCUAACGCUGGUUCGACUGCAAACCAGUGGGCUUGAUCGGCACGGCAGUGACUUCAUCAUCAUCAUCAACCGGCGAGGUUCGGGUUGGGAACUGUGAUGAGAGACCACCAAGUGUUUCCGCUAGAACCGGCGGGUUGAACCGGGUUGCCGCGUUAUACGCCAGUAGUAGGUCAUGUGAAGCCCCUCGGCGCGGAACAAAACUUGUUUUUACUGAAUAAAUUAUUUACCCCCCAAAACACACACACACAUCCACACACGACAUAAGCGCUCGUAAAAAAUAACCACGGCACGUCAAAGCGUCCGGAGGGUUCUAACCCCCCAAAAAAGAAAAAAAACAGAGACAGAAACCCCCUCAUACGACGGAACCCAUCCUAACCAACACAAAUACGCAGUAGGAUAGACCGGAACCACGGGUUCUAAAUUUCCCCGAGAAAAAAAAAUAUCCGGACCGCGGUCGCCGAGGGUCGUAAAAAAGGGAUCAACCUCGGCGCGGGCAAGUGUUGGUUUUUUUUCCCCCCGCUGAGUGUCCUCUCUUUUGUGGAAGUGGGCUCAACUCGGCGGAAGAGCCUCGACAGCAGCAGCUAAAUCUACAACAACAUAUCGGAAUACAGCAUCAACCAUAGCCAGUAGCAGCGAUGGAAACACGAAUAGGAUUACUGGGAUUACUAUUCUACUACUGCAUUGUGAUUGCCACUGUGCUAAACCUCAUCAACGGUGAGGUGCAGUCGUACUGGGAGCAACCCUACUCCCAGCCCUACUUUGACAACAGUACGAAGCGGGAAGUGACCGCCACCGUGGGACAGUCGGCGCUGCUGCACUGCCGGGUGCGGAAUCUGGGGGACCGUGCGGUGUCCUGGAUCCGGAAGCGCGACCUGCACAUCCUGACCGUCGGCAUCCUGACGUACACGAACGACCAGCGGUUCCAGUCGCUGCACACCGAGGGCGGCGACGAGUGGACGCUGCGGAUCACCUCGCCCCAGCCCCGGGACUCGGGCACGUACGAGUGCCAAGUGUCGACGGAGCCCAAAAUUUCCCAAGCCUUUCGGCUCAGCGUCGUGGUGUCCCGGGCGAAGAUCCUUGGCAACGCGGAGCUGUUCAUCAAGAGUGGCAGCGACAUCAACCUGACGUGCGUGGCGCUGCAGUCGCCGGCACCGCCCUCCUUCAUCUACUGGUACAAGGGCGGCCGGGUCGUCAACUACUCCCAGCGGGGUGGCAUCAGCGUCCUGACCGAGCGGCAGACCAAAACGAGCAAACUGGUCAUCGCUCGGGCCAUGCCGUCCGACUCGGGCAACUACACCUGCUCGCCCAGCAGUUCCGACUCCGCCAGCGUGGUGGUGCACGUGAUCAACGGCGAGCAGCCAGCCGCAAUGCAGCACGGCAAUAGCAGCGCUAAUAGCAUUUUAAUAAAUAAGCAUCGUAUCAGCUUUAGCUUUAGUCUAGGGCCGCUGACGGGGGACCGGCUGCCGCUGUCACUGUUGGCCAGUAAAAAUUUCAUACUCUCAUUAACAUCGUCGUGGUUUUGUUUAAUGCUGAAAUCGAUAUGCCUGUUCGGUGCUUACAGGUGAUUUAUGGCUUAAAAAGGGCCUCACCUAGCUCUGUUUUUAUUUAUCAUUUUGUUGGUCGGUGUCGGAUAGCAGCACACAUACAGUGAACGUUUUUUCGUUGUUGUUUGUGUCUGUGGUUGCACCAUUGUUUUGGUUUGGUGCUUUUAUGAGAUUCUAUGAAUUCAUCGGGUUUUUGUAAACGCAACCUGAACCAGAUGAUGCUCUCAAGUGGAAGUUUGGGAACUUUUAUGCAGUUUCUACAAAAGCAAAAAAAAACAACAACAACAAUAGCACACGCUCUCGCACACACAUACACUUUUGAUUACAGUAUAAAUUGGAAACGAAAGAAUCACGAUGAAACACACCAACACACCCAGAGAGUAUCAGACAAAUUUAUUGUGUACAGAGUAGAAACAAUCUAGUGUAGAACAAGUUUGUUGAGAGCUGAGACUUAUAAGGGGAAAAGUUGCGUUCUGUUAAGGUGUCCCGAUUGAUUAACAUGUUCUUAAAAGUUUACAGUUUGAAAUUUUGUUUUGCCUCAUUUUCAGGCAAAAGGGUUGGUGCUCGUUAUCGAUUGUAUUGGCAGAAUAAGCUCUUUUUUAAUUGGAAACUUUGAUGAAACCUUUGCUCGUCUGCUCUAGUAAAUGCAAAGAAGGUUAUGUUUUCAAAAGAACGCAAAUGCUUCGUACUUUCUACACUUGUUUGCCAUUUUCUCUUGCACAAGUAACAACAAUUUUCCAAAAACCAUUUGAAAAUGUUAAAACGAACAAGCAAUCGAAAUGUACUUUUGUGAAAUUAUGGUAAAGAGUUCAUGUUUUGAGUUGAUGAAUUUGAUUUAUGUUUAGACAUUUAAGCAAGUCUCAACGUAGAAUUUGUUUGAUCAAUUUGAAACUCUGUCCAUGGAUUCCUCAUGUCGAAUUAAGAAAUUUUACAUAGUUGAUUCCUUCGGUAUCUUGAGAAGGGGUUUUCUGAUCGAUUUGGUGUCAAGGCUAAUGUUUCAGGUUUUUUUAUUCGCUAACUUAUUUUUAUCAGGUCUUUCAGGAGACAAAAAAAAUGUAGGUUAUGCGAUAAGGACUCAUUAGACAAUGUUUGACUUUUUAUUUCACUUUUUACCACAAAAACACAACAUUUAAUGUUUCAGUUCAUCAAAAGUGCCAUAUUUUGAGCUGAAUACAUGACAAAAGGCCGAAAGACAAAAAGUCAAAUGGACGAAUGGUCGAAAGUGGAUAAAAUGUCGACUGGAUUAAUGAAAGAACAACAAUAUAUUUAAAAAUAUGUUUGAUUCGAAAAAUUUCUCCAGAAUCUAUUUUAAGAACUGUUCAUCUUGAAAAACAUGAAGGAAUAUACUGCCCAUGUUCGCAUAAACGUCCCAUAUGCAAAAACAGCAAACUGAGAUAAACGCUUUUGAAGUUUGUCCCACAAAUAAGGUUACGUGUUAAGUUUUCACGAAAAAACUAGAUUUCCUCCUGAUUUCUAGAACAAAGUACUGGAUGUUAGAGGCUCUUUUGAAAGAGCACACGAUUUUGAACCAAACUGCAUCAAUAACUCAAAAGUGAUGAAAAUGCAUAUGGGACAUUUAUGCGAUCAUGGGCAGUAUAGUUUUCUGAAAAAUGUGUUGCCAUUCAGAUUAUUAAACUUGAAAAACUGCUCAUUUUUUAACUAACCAAAAAGUCACAGAAAUCAGAUAUAUUUGUUAUUGAACUAAUGUUAAAAUGUGUUUGCAUUUCUAGAGUUUAUUUUUCUAUAAAGGUCAUCUAAGUUAUGUGGUUUUUUAGGUUUCUCGUUUUGUUCAAUUUUGUCCUUUUGUCCACUUUGAAGCUCUUAUUAUCAAAAAUAUUAAUAACUUCUAUUUUUAGCUUUCAUUUGUCAUUAAUUUCAUUAAGGCAAAUGUAAAUUUUAUUUCAAGUUUUUGUCUCCCCUUCAAAAUUAAAAAAUAAUAACUUGUUAAAACGAUUGUAAACUGUUUCGAAUGUAUUGAAAAUCUCUUCACAAAAUUUUAAUCUUAGUACACCAAAUCGAAAAAAAUCUAAAUUCUCUGAAAAAAAUGUUUUUCUUAAUUUAUUGCUAAAACUGUAGCAAUAACGUCAUGAUUCGAAACCCGGACGCCUCAUCUUGUUUUAUCAAUUAUUUGGAUAUAAGUUCGCAUUAUGAAUGUCAAAAGUUGCGUAUUUCAAUAACGAAAAUUUUGGUACCCGAACAUGUAAAGGUCAUCGCUGAAAUUUUCAAGUUAUCGCAGUUUAAGUAAAAAAAGUUGAUUUUUACCCGUUUUCGUCAUUUUCCCAUUUUUGCGCGCGGCGCGUCGAAAAACCCAGUUUUUAUGUUAAAAAAAAAUCAUUUCUCCAAAACGUGUUAAUUAGGGCGUCCAAAUUUCCCGGGUUUUGAAUUUCCCGGGAAACGGGAAAAAUAUUUUAAGAAUCCCGGGAAUUUUUUGAAACAGUCAUAAAACUCUAUUUUCAUUAUAUUUGUUAUGUUUUUCAAACUUAAAAUCAUGGAGUUAGCUCAAUCAUAUUAAUUGAUGAUAAUUAGGGUUAGUGAAUUUUCACGAUUUCGCGGACAGCGUUAAAAUCGUGAAAUUUCUCAUUUUCCGCGGAAUACUAUUAAAUUCAAGGAGUUUUUGAAUUCAAUGCAUAAAAAUAACAAACUUAAAAAAAUAUUUUAUCCACAAAGUUUAAAAUGUAAAUUUAAUUAGUAUUCAAUUGAAAAAAGUGAUAUAAACUUUUUGAACUCUUCAGUUGAAUACUAAAAUUAGAAAGGAAGCAUUUAAAAUAGAUUUUUAACAACAUUUAUAAGAAAUGAAUGCUCUGAAUAAAUAUUUGAAGUAAAAAAGAAAAAGUUCAGCAUCGGAAAGUAAUUUUGCAGGGAUUUAGGCGAAUGAAAAUUUUAUUUUAAGCUUUUUUGUUCUUUAAAAUUGUAAACAACACAAUUCUUCAAAUGUUUAGUGAAAAAAGAAGUGCAUUCAAGUGAAAACAAAUGCAUUUUCCUGAAUUUAUAAUCACUUUUAGCACGAUUUGGAAUUUCCAUGUAUAGUUGAAAUCUCAGAUUUUUUGAAAACUAAUAAUAUCGUCUUCAGGGGUGAGGAUGGGUCUGGGGGUUGAAAUACGACAAGUGCUGGAUAAAACAAGUUUUACAACAAAUUGCUCAUAACAUUUUUUGCAAUCCCGAAUAAACGCCUUUUGAAUGGAUUUUUUUUUAAAUAAAUUAACCGUUAAAAUAAAAAAAAUGUAAUUUUUACUUAUUAUUACUAGUGCGUAGAAAUAUCAAUCUUUUAAAAACAUAUAAAAUUAAAUAGGAAAUAUUAAAAACACUAGGCAUUUUGCAGAUCGGUAAAGUAAAAUUUUAACAGUUUUCUCUAAUGAACCAAAUUAAUGCUGAUCUAUGCCGAAUAAAAAUUAUAAUGUUUGAAAAUUUUCCACAUCAAAUCUAAAUUUCCAGAAAUUUGUUUUUUUUUUGAAAUUUUUAAUUUCGGAAAUUCCCGGGACAAAUUAUAGAAAAUCCCGGGAUUCAGGAAUUCCCGGUUUUGUAAAAAUCCCGGGAAUUUUGUCCCGGGAUUUCCCGGGAUGGACGCACUAGUGUUAAUGGAUAUUCGAAUUUUUUUUAUAAGUUGUGUAAAAUAUCACAAGGAAUCACGGAAAAAUAUUUUCAGGCAUGGGCUCUUUGGUCCCGAGACCUUGAAAUCGGCAAAUUUUAUUUUCAUAGGACCUUUUCAAAUAUUCAGCUAGUUUUUUUGGAUCUCAACAUAUUUUUCCUCAAAAGCCCAACUAUUAACCUUUCUUUGAAUUGUGGCGCUCCAAAAUUGGUUCAGCCGUUCCGGAGAUAUGAUUUUUUGAAAAAUGUGGUUUUUGCGAAAAUCGACGAAAAACGCAGUUUUAUAGACCACCCAAUUUCGGAUAGGACCACCCUAAUCGCCGAAAAAAACAAAAUAUGAUUAAAAAGCCUAAAUCUACUGCUUAAAAUUUAAAAAUGGCUCUGAAUUUUGACAUGAUGCAGAUAAAAUACAGAUUUAUUUUUAAGAAAAUACAGAUAUGUCAUAAAAUAAUCUGGCAUCGUAGAAUCUAACAUCAACUUUCUUUUAAUGUUUAUAUGUCCGGAAUUCGAAGCAAAAGAGUCCGGAUUUCGAAUUAGCUUUUAUCAGUGUCCGGGAUUCAAAGCACAACAAGUCAUAUUAAUUUUAAAAUUCUGAUGAAAAUUUGUUAGAAUAGACAUAUUUUGCAUGCAUUCUCUUAAAACUGACUGUUUAUACUACAUCCUGAUGAUAUUUCUACAUUUCCAACUUGUUACAUGAUUUUUUGCUAGCUAUAACAAAAAUGAUUUGCUACUAAGUGUCCGGGAUUCAAAUCAUGACGUUAUUUAGCUAAACUGUAACUUUUUUUUGUAAACACCCAAUAGUCAAUCAUUUCUCAAUCAACGACAUCUUGGAAACCAUUGAUCUUAUAUUCAAUGCAAAAUGAAAACAUUGCUGAAUUGCUCAUCUUACUGGCAGUGAUAUUUUCAGAAAGAAAAAAAAAUCAGCUAGUAUUCCAAAAGAGUCAACUUGGUUGGUUGAAUUUUUAACUAAUAAAAUAACAAAUCUCAUAGAAAUGGUGUUUACUUUUCCUUCAGUGUAUUUUUUUUCUAAGGAAAGCCCGACAAUUUAAUUCCAAGUUUGUAUUUGGAGCAGUUCCAGCUAAAAUUAAGAUUUUUUCUGGUACUUUUGUACCCGACCCUUUCCGAUUUCAAUGAAACUGUGUAGACAUGUUAUCCAUUUUGUACUCGAAAAUAACAUUUGAGAAGGGCGUAAGUUACUUAAAUAUUUUUGUUUUUUGUAAAAAUUACUGUAUUUCGAAGCCGUUACAUCGUACCAAAAAGUGGUCAAACACAAACUUGUAGGAAAUUAGUCGAACUUUCUGAAAAAUUACACUAAAAUACACACGCCACUGCUAUGAGAUUUUUUGAUUUUUAUGUUUAAAAGUUAAAUUUAAAGGUGAUGUCACGAUUUUUUUUUUCGUUCAAAAUUUUUGAGGAAAUAGCCUAAAAUGUUACAAAAAGACUCACGAAAAAUGCAGGAUGGUAUGUCUCUCCUAAAAAAAAUACAAAAAUCAUUUACUAAAUCUGUUUUUUUGAAAAGUGGUCUAAACGUCAAAAUUUUCAAAAACCAAUAGUGGGAAUCGAUUCUCCAGACAAUUUUACAUAAAAGUCUCCAUGUUGACCAUUGUCCUCUGUCCAAUCCUUGGAUUGGAUAUAGCGGUUUAAAAAUUUUUUUUUUUGCAAUUUCUAAAUGACAGACUUGAUUUUUUAGUCUCGUAAAUAUUUUUACCGGAAAGCUCGUCCAAUUUCCCAUGAAUUUGUCUUCGACAGCUUUUGUAUCUAUUCUUGUAUGGCGUCAUCCAUAAAGUAUGUC